UGAAUUCUCUCUCUUUCUCUCUUUCUCUCUCUCUCUGAGUUUUCUGUUUUUCAAUUCCCCUCUCAUUUCCCUUCCCUCCUUCAGGUUAAAUUUGGAAAUUCGUAAAUAUCCAAAUGGUCUCUCUAAUUGUGAGAUCAUUGAGCUUCAUUGGUCUGCGAAAAUAAUUGAUUUUCCUUUUGUGUUCAUCAACUGCUCGUACAUACGUAAUCCAAAAUCUGUAUUUGUUCGUUUUUUUCUUCUUCUCGGCAAUUCGUGAAUUCAAGCGAUAAUAUGGGUUAUCUCAAUUCGGUGCUGUCAUCUUCAAGCCAGGUUCAUGCCGAAGACGCGCCCGUAAGCGGCGGGGGCCUCAGUCAGAAUGGAAAGUUCAGCUAUGGAUAUGCAAGCUCUCCUGGGAAAAGGUCUUCAAUGGAAGAUUUUUAUGAGACACGAAUAGAUGGUGUUGAAGGGGAGAUCGUUGGUCUGUUUGGAGUCUUUGAUGGUCAUGGGGGUGCCCGAGCUGCUGAAUAUGUCAAGCAAAACCUUUUCAGUAAUUUGAUCAGGCAUCCAAAGUUUAUUUCUGAUACCAAAUCAGCUAUAGCUGAUGCAUACAACCAUACAGACUCAGAGUUUCUGAAAUCAGAAAAUAGCCAGAACAGAGAUGCUGGAUCAACUGCUUCCACUGCCAUCCUAGUUGGUGACCGUUUGCUUGUUGCAAAUGUUGGGGAUUCUAGAGCAGUUAUCUGUAGGGGUGGUAAUGCCAUUGCUGUUUCUCGUGAUCACAAGCCGGACCAAACUGAUGAGCGGCAGCGGAUUGAGGAAGCAGGAGGAUUUGUUAUGUGGGCUGGAACUUGGAGAGUUGGAGGAGUUCUUGCUGUUUCUCGUGCAUUUGGUGAUAGGCUCUUGAAACAAUAUGUUGUUGCUGAUCCAGAAAUUCAGGAGGAAAAGAUUGACAGCUCCCUUGAGUUUCUUAUCCUUGCUAGUGAUGGACUGUGGGAUGUUGUCACAAAUGAGGAGGCUGUUGCAAUGGUUAAACCAAUUCCGGAGCCAGAACAGGCAGCAAAGAGGCUGAUGCAGGAAGCAUAUCAGAGAGGUAGUGCAGAUAAUAUUACCAUUGUUGUUGUCCGUUUCUUGGCCAAUCAAGGGGGUUCCUCUCACAGCAGCUCCGGGUAAGCACCCUUCCUAAUUAGCUGGGUGUGGAAGAUGGGGGGUUGCAAUAAAAUCUAGUAGUUCGUAGUGAUAGAAAAUCUUAGAAUUGUACUCCUUAAGGAUAGAGAUAUAAACAAAGUCAUCGGGCUGCUGGUGUGUGUCACACAUUAUCAGCUUCUAGCAUAGAGCUGUAUCUGGGAGCUUAUUUUCUGUAGCUAGAAAAUAUGCGUGUUUGAAUAUGUAAAAGAACCUCGAAAUUCCAAUGUCAUUUGCUGUCUGACUCUUUUCAUUUGCAA